AUGGCAGGAAGUUCAAGCAAGGUUGCCCUUAUCUUGGUGGCUUUUGCCAUUACUAUUCCGUGCCUUGAGGCUGGCAUAGGUGAGUUUGACGAUUUUCUCAAAGCACAAUCAGAAGAGGCCCAUGAAAUCGCUCUUGAAUCCUACGUGCCUGACCCUGAAAACGUUACAUCUGAUCUCAAUUUGCAAGUUCACUCGGCUUUGGGGGAGGCGUUGAAGGAGGAAUCAAACCACACAAGAAGGGAACUGAAGCAGAAAUACAGUGGACCAUGCUUGGCCCUGAACCCAAUCGAUCGUUGUUGGAGGUGCAAGAAAAACUGGGCUAAAGACCGUUUUAAGUUAGCCCAUUGUGUCAAGGGUUUCGGAAGAAGGGCCGUGGGAGGACUCAAUGGCAAAAUCUACAUUGUCACUGAUCCCUCUGACAAUGAACCCGUUAACCCUAAACCUGGAACCCUAAGGUACGGUGUUCUCAAAAAGGACCCACUAUGGAUCACAUUUAAACAUAGCAUGGUCAUCAAGUUGAAUUACGAGUUGUUGAUUGCUUCUGACAAAACCAUCGACGGUCGCGGGGCGAAUGUGGUGAUCAAGGGUGGUGCAGGCCUUACCAUGCAGUUUGUGAACAACAUUAUUAUCCACGGGCUUCGCAUACAAAAGAUCAAGUCCAUGGAUGGUGGCAUGCUUAGGGACUCUUGGAACCACGUUGGAGUAAGAACCAGGUGUGACGGAGAUGCCAUCUCCAUUUUUGGCUCUUCAAACAUUUGGAUUGAUCAUAUCUCACUCUCUGAUUGCGAGGAUGGUCUCAUCGACAUUAUCCAGGGUUCCACUGGCAUCACCAUCUCAAAUUGCCACAUGACCAAACAUAACGAUGUUAUGUUAUUUGGAGCCAGCGACACCUACAACGGUGACAAGAUAAUGCAGGUGACAGUGGCAUUCAACCAUUUCGGGCAGGGCCUGAUUCAGAGAAUGCCCCGAUGCAGAUGGGGUUUCUUCCACGUGUUGAACAACGACUACACUCACUGGCUGAUGUAUGCAAUUGGUGGAAGCUCAGGGCCAACGAUUCUGAGUCAAGGAAACCGCUUCAUUGCACCAAACAACGACGCUGCCAAGGAAGUCACGCACAGGGACUAUGCACAACCUUCUGUGUGGUCCAAAUGGCAAUGGAGAUCACAGAACGAUUUGUUCAUGAAUGGGGCUACCUUUAUUGAGUCAGGGAAACCUAUUGGGAAACUACCAUUCAACAAAGGGUUCCUCAUGAAACCUAGACAUGGGUCACAGGCCAACAGGCUUUCACGCUUUUCCGGGGCCCUCAAUUGCAUUGUGGGGAAGCCUUGCUAG